AUGUGACAAGCUCACCUCGUAUCGUGAGAUGCCUCGGAGGGCAUGUGGAUGUGCUCGGCACCAUACUGCGUGGCGAUCGAUGCUCAGCCUCUCAAUGAAACGGCGCAGCUGUUCUGAGCUACCUUGGCUGCCAAAAACCUUGCGGGUUCUACGAUGGAAAUGUGAGUGUUCUCGGACGUGCACGAACAAAUGCGGCCUGCGAUGUCUAUGGUCACCCACUUGAAGUACAGAUAUCAGAGCGAGGAGGAGGUUUCGGGUUAACUUCUAGAACGACAUUUUUAGGAUUACUGGAGCAUGUUCGGGAGUAGAAGCUGGAGUUGGAUGAAAACGAUCGGCCGAAGAGAUUGGUCAGGAUUCAUGAUAUUUCUCUGAUGAAUUCUCCUUGCGACUGUGCAUAUAUUUAAAGACUCAAUAACACAUUGCGUGGCUGUCAACGAACCAAGAUCGUGAGAAUUGUCUAGAGUUGUAAAGAUGGAGAGAGUAGAGAAAGCUUUGACUGAGAAGCAGCUGUCAGCUCUGUCGGUAGGGAAAGACUUCAUUCCUGAGACAGAUGGUUUGAUAAAAGAUUCUGGAUCAAAACGAAGGAAAGGCGGGAUGCAUCUUGAGGCAGACUUCGGUGGAGAGCAAGACUGUGGCAUCGAUUCAAGGGGAGCGAUGUCUGGGGUAGAAAGUUCUUGCGGGGAAGUGGAGCAAGACUUACCAGCGGAUUCGAAUACACCAUCUUGCUCGCACUCGAUGUUGCAGGAAAGGCACGAAGAGGAGGCUGCUCUCAUCUGUAUCUUACCAUACGCAGAUUUGAAAUCUCUACUCACGCUCGAGAGGGUAAGCAAGCACAUGCGCAGCGAAGUGAAUGAUGUUCUUCUGAUGUGGAGGAAGUUAGAGGUUGAACCCCCAUUAAGCAGCGCCCUGACAGAUGACAUUCUCAUGACUCUUGUCAAGAGAACCGGUGGAUUACUGAAGGUUGUGAGACUUGUCGGAUGUUCAAGGAUCACUGAUGACGGAUUGUUCAAAGCGCUACCUCUCUGUCCCCAGAUUGAGGAGGUUUGCAACAUCUCUGCCAAACUUCUCGUUCUUCUAUUUCCAGUUUCUAUCAUCAACUUUGUUUCUUACAUGGUUUUCAGAGCAGCUUACUCGCCAUUUCAUUCUCCAAAUGCUUGCAGCUGGAGAUCCCCGGAUGUACAGAAGUCAAGUUCCAUGAACUCUUUCAUAUGCUUCUAGCUAAAAUAUAA